GACCGAACGCUCUGAAAUCCCGCCCACCGUGCGUCACCAAACUGACUACGCAUGCGCCGAGCUCCCUUCGGAGCCAAGAUGGCGUCCGCUACCCGAGAUGUGAUCCCGGGUGAAGGCCCCAGGGGCGUGAAUUCGGGACUUUCCGGUUGCUAAUCGAAGUUUGAGGACAUUGGAAAGGGAGGAUUUGCAACCGGGUGUCUGAAACCAAGCAUCACAUCAGGAUCUCAGAGGCUCCAUGUUUUCAAAGUCAGAAGUUUCAUCGGAUUUUAAACAUGGAAUGGACAAACCCCAUUCACGGUGGGGAGAAACUUUACACUUGUUGUGUAUGUGAACAAGGCUUCAGUCAAUCAGCUGGCCUCACUAACCACAAAUGCAGUUACACUGGAGUGAAAGUGUUCAUCUGCUCAGAGUGUGGUGUGGGAUUCACUCGGUCAGCCCACCUUCUGAGACAUCAGUGGGUUCACACUAAGGAGAGACCAUUAAUCUGCUUUGAGUGUGGGAAGGGAUUCACUCACUCAGCCAGUCUGCUGAGACACCAGCGAGUUCACACUGAGGACAGACCUUUUAAAUGUCCAGACUGUGAGAAGUGCUAUAAAAGUCGCAGCAGUCUGAUGUCCCAUCUACGUGUUCACACUGAUGAGAGACCUUUUAAGUGUUCAGACUGUGGCAAAUGCUUUCAAAGUUCUGGGAAAUUGAUGUCCCAUCAACGUGUUCACACCGAGGAGAGACCAUUUAAAUGCCCAGAAUGUGAGAAAUGCUAUAAAAGUUCAGGAGAAUUGAUGUCCCAUCUACAUGUUCACACUGACGAGAGACCAUUUAAAUGCUCAGACUGUGGGAUGUGUUUUAAACGUUCCAGCAAUCUCACAUCCCAUCAACAUGUUCACACUGACAAGAGACCGUUCAGGUGUUCUCACUGUGGGACUGGGUUCAGGCAAUCGUCUCAACUCACUAAACACCAGCGCAUCCACACUGGGGAGAGACCGUUCACCUGUAACAAUUGUGGGAAGGGGUUCACUCAGUCAUCCCACCUUCUCACCCACCAGCUAGUUCACACUGACAAGAGACCUUUUAAGUGUUCAGACUGUGGGAAGUGCUUUAAAAGUUCCAGGGUAUUGAUCCACCACCAACAUGUUCACACUGAGGAGAGAGCUUUUGCAUGUCCUGACUGUGGAAAGUGCUUUAAAAGUUCUGGGGAGCUGAUGCGCCAUCAGCGUGUUCACACUGAGGAGAGACCGUUCAGGUGCUCUCACUGUGGGGCUGGGUUCAAGCGAUCAUCGGACCUCAUUGUACACCAACGCAGUCACACUGGGGAGAGGCCAUUCUCCUGCAUGGAGUGUGGGAAGGGUUUCACUCACUCUUCCAACCUGCUGAGACACCGGCGAGUUCACAAGUGACAGCAUGUUGCUGUUAGCUACUUCCUGGAAACAACCUUGUUCAUUAUGCUCAUUGAUGUUGAUAACAUCCAAUACUAUGUAUUAAUAUGCUGAAUAAAAGUCAAAUAAAUCAGCUCUGUAUUAGUCUGUCAAAGUUUCAUUUUGAGGGGCUCUCACUCUCCCCUGUCUCCUCAAUCUUCACCUCCAUCAAGUUGGAGGAGCUCUUGGAGCUUCUUUGGAUUGAGACAAUCCAAUCAACUACUACUGCUGCUUCCCUCCCUUCCAAUAGUUCACAGGUCCCCACUGCCUAAAGUUUCCCCCUCAGGUCAGAAUUCCCAUCUUUCUCCAAUUACUCUUUAUCCCUUCAUCCCCUGUCGGAGCUCGCUUUGUGGACUACAGCCACCUCCUGCUCCACUGACCCAAUUCCCAGUAACAUGCAGAGCAGACCACCCAACCUCCCCAUAUUUGCCAAUAUUUUUAACAGUUCGUUCUCUCCACUCAUUCUGUCCAUCAUGCCUUUAAAUCUCCAAAUCUUAUUUAAAGAAACCUUGACUGUCCUCAGCAAGCUAAUGCUGUGUCUCAGGUUUCCCUCUCCUCUCUAAAGUCCUUGAACUCUGAUAUUUCUGACCUAUGUGCUGUCGCCAGGUAACACACUAUCACAGACAACACCCAGCUGCAACU